CAUGUGGAUGGUAUUCCUGCAAUACCCAAACAACCAGAGCGGUGUUCCCCUCCCCACCACCGACUGUGCCGUCCUCGCUAUCCCCAUUGCUCUUCGUACCCCUUCACCCCCGGUGGCUGUAGCCAGUGCCACCAAUGCCCCACCCACCCCUUACCUUUACCCGAGGAAACCAUCCACUGAGGUGUCUUCCAAACCCGUCCCGCCAGACGGUCGCCACACACAGAGUGCAGCAGGCGGCAGCACGCACACGAAGGCCGCAGCAGCCCAUGACCUAUUUUUUUAUAUUGACUUCAUGUCCUUCCCGAACUAAUCUCCAAAGCCAUCCAGAGACGAGACGGCCAGCCACACACAAGCACGAAAGAAAAAACAGCCCUGAACGCUUUCCACACCAUCGCGUCAGUUGACGCAUCGAAAACGCCAAAAAGAAAAGCACGCACAGAACGCGACUGCAGCAACGUACAACAGGAACACCAGAACGGAAGAAGAGGAGGAUCAGGAGGAGGAGGAGGAGAAGAGCACCGACAGAACCACGAAGCACCGAAACGAAAGAAAAAACAGCCCUGACGCUGUCCACACCAUCGCGUCAGUUGACGCACUGGAAGACGCCAAAAAAG